AUGGCAUUAUUUAUAAAAGUAGAAAAAGUUACAGAUGAGUAUGUAACAAGGCACAAUUACAUAUGGAAACCUGAAUCGAAUCUUCGUUUUACCUGGGCUGCAGACCUGGUCACCUUCUCCGAAGUCCACUCUGCGUCAGGUGAUGAUCCCGUUAAGACAAUAGGGCUCCUCAGGGUUUUAGAGGUUAGAACAGCUCAUGAAGUCGGUGAGUCUCUCAACCACUUACGUGUGUCAAGGGAGCAGGUGGUAUGCCUAAUAGCAUGUCCAAACGACAAAAAAUAUGAAAUU